GCCGGUUUUUCGGGCUGCAGUACGACUUAAAGAUACCAAACUCGACAAACUUGAAUUUUCUGAAUGAAACGCGAAAACCCGGAACUCAUCUUCACUCUUCACGUGUUACAGUGAAAAAAACAUUGGGCUGUUCAAGUAUUCUUGCUAUGGAGGGCCAGAAACAGGUGCUGGAGAGGCUGCGGGGCUCUUUCCGCUCGGGUGUGACCCUUCCUGUCCACUUCCGGUUGACUCAGCUGCAGGCCAUGAUGUCGCUGUUUGAAGACAAUGAAACCCAGAUUUUGCAGGCAAUGCAUGACGACCUUGCUAAGCCCAAGUUUGAGGCAGUGCUGUCAGAGAUUGAUAUAGUGGUGAAUGACCUUUGCUACACCAUCAGCAACCUGCAAACCUGGAUGCAGCCCACUUAUGUGGGCACGAACUUGGCAACAAAGCUGGAUGACUGUUUUGUACGCAGGGAGCCAUUAGGUGUUGUUUUGAUUAUUGGAGCAUGGAACUAUCCUCUUCAGCUAAUUUUGGCACCUUUGAUUGGUGCGAUUGCUGCAGGUAACUGUGCUAUUCUGAAGCCAUCGGAAAUAAGUCGAGCAACCGAAAAGCUUCUUGCUGAACUCAUUCCUAAGUACCUGUCCCAGGACUGUUAUGCAGUCAUUUGCGGUGGAGCAGAAGAGACCAAGACAUUGCUGGAGAAUAGAUUUGAUCAUAUCUUCUACACAGGAUCGCAGUCGGUGGCUCGUUGCAUCCUGCAGGCCGCAGCGGUGCACCUCACCCCAGUUACUCUGGAGCUGGGCGGAAAGUGCCCCUGUUUGAUAUAUGGCCGGCUAGACAUGAGAGCUGCUGCAAAGAGGCUGGUGUGGGCCAAGUUUUUCAAUGCCGGGCAGAGCUGUGUAGCUCCAGAUUAUGUUUUAUGCACUGCUGAGACGAGAGACAUGCUGCUACCUCUUAUAAAAGAGGCUCUAGAGGGUUUCUACGGAUCCGAGCCCCAGCAAAGCCAAGACAUGGGUCGUAUUGUGACAGACAGGCACUGGGACCGACUGGUUGAGCUGCUAAAAAAGUCUAAGGGAAAGAUAGUGAUAGGAGGAGAGAGUGACAAAAAGGCCAAGUACAUUGCCCCCACUGUGCUCGUUGAUGUCAAGGAGUCAGACGCUUUAAUGCAGGAGGAGAUUUUUGGCCCCAUCCUCCCCAUUCUGACCAUCAAGUCUCUCGAUGAAGGAAUCGAUUUCAUGAACGAGAGGGAAAAGCCGCUGGCGCUCUACGCUUUCUCUGAUGAGUCUCAGGUUGUCACUACAGUUCUUGAGAGGACCAGCAGCGGAGGCUUCUGUUCAAAUGAUGGAAUAGUUCACAUGACCCUCUCUGGAUUACCCUUCGGAGGAGUUGGUGCCAGUGGGAUGGGUAACUACCACGGUCGCUGGGGCUUUGAGACGUUCAGUCACAAGCGUGGCUGCAUGCUGAGGGGCUGGGCUCUGGAGCGCGUCAACGUGCUGCGCUACCCCCCCUAUAAAGAAAGCAAUCUCAGCUGGCUGCGCUGGGCCACCACCGCCAAGAAGAAGGGGUGGGCAGGAUGUUCUGUUAUGUGACGCUCGCAUUGAGGAUGGCCAAUUUUUUUUUUUUUUUUUUUCAAUUGCGAUAUCAUGCAAAACACCACCAGAGGUCAGUAUUGAGAAAGGUUGCUUCUUCUGGAUACUUCUGUUGUGAGAGAAAAGAGGCCAUUUACUAGCAAAAUUAUUUUAACUACCAUUGUUCAAAUACACUACUCAUGGGCUUAUUUGCAUCUGAAUUAAAAAAAAUCCAGUCUUUCAUAAAACAAAUUAUCCAUACUUGUUAUUGAACACUAAGGUGAAAAGCAUUACAUUAUUUAGUAAGGUAAUGUAGCAUCUUUACUGUUACAAUUGAAUUACUGCUACCAUAAACAUGUUUUUCUAUAGCAGUAGCUCGUACUAUUUGAGGGUUAUUCUAUUGAAAUAUGAAAUAUAUCGAAAAAUCUCAAGUACCAUUUCUAGUUUGAGUUGUAUACUUGUCUGAUUUUUAUCUUCAGAGUUGAGUACAAAAAUAAAAUGAGACAAACAUGUUUGCCCCCGCAGAAAA